GGGAAGUCAACGUGGCAAAUCACUAAAAGUCGCUUAAAAACAUCGGAGGCUCCGGUUUGUGGGCGAGCGGGGUGAGGUCGGUGGUGCGCGGGUGUGUCUCAGCUGCCCCUCACUAUUGAGGAAUUAUGGCAUCUGAUGACAUCAAAGAAGCGGUGCAAGCGGUCCAUUCCAUGACUCUACAGGACAAUGUCAGCAAUGGUACUGCAGAAAAGUGGGGACUCCAACUUCCGCAUCUUUAUCAGCUUGCAGCGAAGUUUUACAAAGAGAAGGAAGGCAAAGUGAUCCAGCAGACGUACGACAACAAGCUUCAGUUUGUGGCGCUGACUCAGCAGGUGGCGCAUGGUCCCUGCCGGCCCGAGAAUCUGCCGCCGCUCGGUGUUCUUGACGUCAUCGGACGCGACAGAAGGCAGGCGUGGCAGGCGCUGGGUGACGUGAGCAGGGAGCAGGCCAUGACCCAGUACGUCGACCUGCUGGACUCGCUGUGUCCGACCUUCAAGCCAUACGCGGAGGCACACAAGUUUGACAUGGAAGCCAAGCAGCUGAAAAUGGAGGCGGCGCGGCGGACGGAGCGCCAGGAGCAGGAGCAGGGCCGCCAGCUGCUGGAGCAGAUGGCGCUCCAGCAGGAGCAGGAGGAAACCAGGCGCCAGGAGGAGACCAAAAAGCACAUCAAGGAGGCGCUGAACCAGCAGACAGCCACUCAGUUCCGAGCGUACGCCGAGCAACAGUACCCGGGCAGCCCUGAGCAGCAAACGCUGCUGAUCGGCCAGCUGCAGGAGCAGCACUACCAGCAGUACAUGCAGCAGCUGUACCAGCAGCAGUUGCAGCAGCAGACGCUGGACGAGUCGGCCGGCGAGGAGACGGAGUCGGCCGACGAGGCCGUGCCCGAGGUGGGCUCCGCCAGCAUGUGGACCCGCAAGGACCUGACCGAGUUCAAGAACGCCAUCCGCGCCGAGGGCGGCGACGCUGUCCUCAAGGUCGGCCACGGCGAGACAGUCACGAUACGCGUGCCCACCCACGAGGACGGCACGUGCCUCUUCUGGGAGUUCGCCACGGACAGCUACGACAUCGGCUUCGGCGUGUUCUUCGAGUGGGGCCCGUCCGACGACAACGAGGUGACAAUCCACAUCAGCGAGAGCGAGGACGAGGAGGACGACCCGGAGAAUGCCGACGACCCCGAGCGGGGGCCGCAGGGGGGCCGCGAGCAGCAGCAGCCGGCCGCCUGCGUCAUCCCCGUGUACCGGCGCGACUGUCACCAGGAGGUGUACGCCGGCUCGCACGUCUACCCCGGACAGGGCGUGUACCAGCUGAAAUUCGACAACUCCUAUAGCCUGUGGCGUUCCAAAACGCUCUAUUAUCGGGUCUACUACACUCGAUGAGUUGACGCGUCCCCUCGCUGGCGUGUCUACCACGCACGUGGUGAGAACGCUCUCGCUAUGCGCAUUCGACUUCGUGACGUAAUCUGGUGUUGACGCCGGAGAGCUCCGCCGGCUGUACUGUGCGCCAGUUGGGGGCGCCUCGUAGGCCUGCCAGGCUUCGUCCUGUUGUUUGUUACCUCCCGCCGGGCUGGCAUGAGAUGUCGCUGGGUGACGACAGUGGCGCCGCCAAGCGGGCGGUCGUGGCGUCUCCGCGGCGCUGCCUGAGCUGUAUCUGGAGCUGUGAACUGCCGUCUCCAGACCUUCUCGCCUUCUUCCCGGUGCGUUGCGGUGGGGGGGGCGGGGGGGGGAAGGGGUCACGUGUAAGUGGCCCUGGAGCUGGUUGGGUCGGGUGACUGCCAAAAGCAUUGGAUAUGGUGAUUUUGGGCAACUGAGUAGGCAUAAACAACUGUUGUGGAUGACUAUUUCCCAGUAUCUGUUGUUGCUGUAAAGUGUUAUGUGGGCCUGUCACGUUUACUAAUAUGUUUCCCAAUACGGCCCGGAGUGUCAUGUGUUCGUUGGCUUUGACGCACCUCCUGACGUGUUUGGCAAGCGUUUGUUUUGUUAGCGUUACUGCAUAUGGUCGCCUGGCAGUUCGGUGUCUGCGCUUACCGUGCUACUCAUGUCUCGUUCGCGUGUAAUGAACCGCGGUCCCUGCGGGGAUGCGCCGCCCCCGCCGCUCGGUCCCGGUGCGACGGAGCCCGUGCGUGCGCGAGGGCUGGGUCAGGUCACGCCCCGGGGCGCCACCGGCUGUCUCCCGUCACGCCGGCCUGUCGGCGGCCGCCGCCUCGCCGUAUGACGGCGGGGCUGCGCCGACUCACGGCGCUGGAUAUUACGCGUUUUAACGGGCGAACGGCCGGCAGCGCCGGGAUCCCCUGCGCGAAGGACCCCGGUGGAGGUUAGCGCGCGCUGAGACGGUGGGGUGGCCGAGCUUCGGCCGGUGUUGGUCGUACGCCAGCCUCACGGCACGCCAAACCCCCAUGUUCGGUCCCCCACGUGCCGCUGAGCGACGUGGGCUGGCUGUCCGUUGUUUGCCCAGUGCAAUGAAUUUCUACCGGAUGGGUGGCUGCUGCUCGGAUGGGCGUGUUUAAGCCUGGCAUUGAGGCAGAUUGCAGGUAUGUGUAAUAAAGCUGUGUUGUCGG